UGCCCCGCCUCCGGACCGGUGAUAUAGGUAACCACAUGCGCGUGCUGUGUUUGAAUUGCCUCUUAUCAUGGUGCAGAUGCAAUCGUUCUUCUCUUCUCCUCAACAACUGCGGUUUUUCGUUAUAUCCAGCAACCUGCCGGGAGUUAAAAAAUUUAAAUUUUUAAAUUUUUUUUUCAAAAGUUUCAGACAUGGCGAAAGAGCUCAGCGGACCGGGCAGUCUCUAUGUAGAGUCCAAGAUCGCCAAUCCGAAGAUUCUAGAUGAGACAACCUAUCUCAAAUGGUAUGACGAGGUUCACAUUCCUGAAAUCAUUCAAAUGACAGGAAUAAAGUCGGCUCGCAGAUUUAAGGACAUCAAUCCGGAUGCAGAUAAGCCUUAUUUAGCUAUAUAUCCGUUGAAGGAUAUUGCUUUCUUGGGUAGUGAGGAGUUCAAACAUUACACAAUCAAGAGCGACUUGUUGCCUGGUACUGGGGACAUAACCGAGCUGGCUGACUUCAGUAAUCGGAUCGACAGCUUGAUUCAGGUGUACGAUCCAACACAGAGGGGGACAGGUCACACAAGAUCUAUUAUAUCGGCCCAAAUUGAGCUCAAGGAAGAGGCAGAUGCGGAGGAAUUUGACAAGUGGUACAGAGAGGAACAUCUCGGUCGCGUAGCCGGAGCCACUGGGUAUCUGCGCACGACGCGAUUUAAGCUUAAUGUUGCUCGGAAUAUCUCUACUACAGGCGAAUCUGCAGCACACGCUCCUGCUUGGCUAGCGAUCCAUGAAUUUGCGGUUGAAAGCCCAGAUCUGCUUGAGAUAAAAAAGCUCGCCGCCUCGCCAUGGACUGAGAAGCUCCUCGAGGGCAGAAAACUGAGCAUCUUCAGAGUGUACAAGACUAUGGCCGAGUUUGGUGAGGAGGAUUGGUUUCAUGGUCACACAGCCUAGGGUAACGCAUUGAGCCCGUGAUGAUAAAAUUGGGUGCGCAUCUCCAGGAUUCAGACUCAUGUCGGGGGAAGCUGGCCUGCGGAAUAGCUGCAGUGGCCUUGAAUUGCAGAAUGUCUGGAUUCACAGAUGAGCUAUCUUGGGGCAGCUAGUUAACCUCCGCGGUCUUGUCCGUGAAAGGACAGCCUGCCC